AGUCAUAGCUUUAAACUCUAGACCAAGCACGUGUGAGGGUUACUUGUCUUGUUAGCUCAUACGAUCAAAAGACACCACCGAGUACAAGCGGUAUUAGUCUAUUUGACACACUUCCCAGUGCGCAUCGGUGAUACAAACUCGUGUUCACAGUCAAUUCAACCACGUACAAGAACCACAACAUUACAGGCGACAACUCCAAAAUGAGCUCCGAAAUUCAAAGCUCGCAAAUCAGUGAAUUAAAAGCGACUACAGAAAAGAUCAAGCGGCCAUUAAAUGCGUUUAUUAUUUGGUCAAAGAAACGCAGAAGAGUUAUUGCCAACGAGAAUCCGCAGAUGCAUAACUUUGACAUUAGCAGAAAGCUAGGACUGGAAUGGCAGAAGUUAUCUGAACAAGAAAAGUCAUUUUACUUCGAGGAAGCAAAACGUUUGAAAGAAGAGCACAAAGAACGGUACCCAAACUACAAGUACCAACCAAGAAAGCGCGACAAAUCAAACAAAAGAGGCAAGAUGUUUCAAGGGGCUCCAUUUCAUUUCAAUUUCUUCACACCCGGUGCACCGUACUACGAAGCUGGAGGAUACCCGUAUAGCACCGUCCCAGAAACAAGGAUCUCAGCAAGCUUAUCACCAAAAACAUCUCACCAUACCAAUGAAGUCAACCUUGAAACAAGUUCACCGAAGUCAAGCUCGCCUCCAGCUUCUUCUCCGAACAAGUCAAGCCAGGAAACCUCGAGCAAAAGUAACGUCAUUUGCCCUGGUUUUCGUCCACCUUCAGAAACCUUCGUCGCAUAUCGAACAACAUGUGAUUCGUCUGCGUAUAUGCAUCUAAGACCAGGACUUGAAUGGUCAUCGCAUUGGUAUCCAGGGUCUUCGACAAGAAUAGGGACAGUUCCUUAUUAUGGCUGUUUAUACCCGUGGCAUUCUCGACCUGAAUACCAUUCGUAAAUACAUUAACAGUGUAGAUAAUUAUUAUAAGGUUAUAAGUUUGCCUUAACGUUAUAACAAGGCACUUUGUUUUGUCAUGUACUGUUUUAACUGGUAUUACAAAUAAGGAUCUAAUCUUGGACAUGAACUAUAAGUUUGAUUUACAAGGGAAAGUUUUGGGAAGUUCUUGGAGAGAGCUAUAACUAAGAGGUUUUGCUUUAGAUAGUCUACGAAAUAACUUCGUUUUUAGAAGCUUAAGUCAGUUUAUCGAUAGCUUAUAGUCUUUGGUUGACAGACACGAAGUUAUUAACUAAAUAAUACAACUUUUAGUUUACAAACUUGGAGUUAAUCGUGCUUGCAAUUGUAAUUAUACCAGUCGCCAUGAUAUAGUAAUAGAGAAAUCGCUGAUCGCAUCAUUGUGGGUUAAAUUAACUUCCUCUGUGAACACGAAAAGAAACUUUUGUGUAAAUAACAAACGCUUUUGAUGCCGAAAAAUUGCGACUUCUAAAAUACAGAGCUUUUCAAGUUUUAAAAAUCUUUGAUAAUAGUAAAACCAAAUAGAAUUGUACUAUCAGAAUCUUUAAUUUUAUAGAGCUCAAUUUUUUGAAAGCAUAAAGGGGCAUAAAGUUUUGUAAACUUUGCUGCGGUCUUUUAGAGAACAGCUUUGGCGGAAACUUCACUGUUUACACUUCAAACCCGCAUUGAACUUAUCUAAUCUUGUUUUGAGAAAGGCACGAAAGAAACCGGCUUAAGCUUAACGAUUAUUGAUCAACUUACGACAAAGAUCAAAAGUUGAGCAGUUGAAUGCAAUUGUGGGGUUCAAAAUGGUCGUGGUUGGAGUUUGUCCCACCACGUGCUAUGCUCUUUUAGAUUAUAGUUCAAAAUAAGUUUUAUAGUGGUUUAGAAACUCCAGUCAACUGCUCAGAUGAAUUUUUGUUGUACUUCUUGUUCGCUAAAGACAUCAUUAUAAAGAACUUCUUAAAAAAAGGUUUUCGUACACUUAUUGUACUAGAAAAUUAAAAUCAACUACCAUUUCUUCUGGCUAUCGAGAUGCAGGUCUAAUUUAAGCUUUUUUCCUUCAAUUAUCAGCGUGUUCUUUAACCAAGCAAUGUAAUUACGCUCUUUUUUAGCUCCAAAGCAAAGUUGAUCUUAUUAUCUUCGAAGUUUUAUAGUUAUUUUAAAUAGAUUUAGACAAUGAUCUUUGUAUAUGUAAAUUUUGGUUAGCACCAGAACGUUAAAUGUCCGGUGGUUGAAUGGGUAUAUUCAUCGGGACAAAAUCUUUUGUUAAUAACAUAGGCUACAAUAAAUUAAAGAUAUAAGCUAUGGAACUGUGUAA